AUGAUGGACUACUCUGAUCUUAUUGAAGAAGGAGAUGCUGUAAAAUUGACGAGCUCUAGAACACAGUUGCCCUAUGAGUACUAUUCCCUUCCCUUCUGUAAGCCUGAUAACAUCUUCUACAAGGCAGAGAACCUCGAUAUAAAAGCAGACGAGCGAAACACAUGCACAUUACCUGAAACGGUUGCCCCCGUCCCUCAGGAGAUCGACCCGACUAAAGAGAACAGAAUUUUCUUUACCUACUCUGUGCACUGGGAGGAGAGUGAAGUGAAAUGGGCGUCUCGCUGGGACACGUACCUCACCAUGAGCGAUGUGCAGAUCCACUGGUUCUCCAUCGUCAACUCUGUAGUCGUGGUGUUCUUUCUGUCAGGCAUCCUGAGUAUGAUCAUCAUAAGGACGCUGAGGAAGGACAUUGCCAACUACAACAGAGAAGAUGACAUUGAAGACACAAUGGAGGAAUCUGGUUGGAAGAACGUCCAUGGUGAUGUGUUCCGCCCACCUCAGUAUCCCAUGAUUCUUAGCUCCCUGUUGGGAUCUGGCAUCCAGCUCUUCUGCAUGAUUCUCAUUGUUAUCUUUGUGGCUAUGCUCGGGAUGUUGUCUCCAUCCAGUCGAGGAGCUCUGAUGACAACAGCCUGCUUCCUCUUCAUGUUUAUGGGAAAAGUCACAAAGACAUUUUCAGUUUAUUUACUACCAUUUUGUUUGUUCUUCCUUCACUCAUGUGUUCUAGAUAUAAAAGCAGACGAGCGAAACACAUGCACAUUACCUGAAACGGUUGCCCCCGUCCCUCAGGAGAUCGACCCGACUAAAGAGAACAGAAUUUUCUUUACCUACUCUGUGCACUGGGAGGAGAGUGAAGUGAAAUGGGCGUCUCGCUGGGACACGUACCUCACCAUGAGCGAUGUGCAGAUCCACUGGUUCUCCAUCGUCAACUCUGUAGUCGUGGUGUUCUUUCUGUCAGGCAUCCUGAGUAUGAUCAUCAUAAGGACGCUGAGGAAGGACAUUGCCAACUACAAUAGAGAAGAUGACAUUGAAGACACAAUGGAGGAAUCUGGUUGGAAGAAUGUCCAUGGUGACGUUUUCCGCCCACCUCAGUAUCCCAUGAUUCUUAGUUCCCUGUUGGGAUCUGGCAUCCAGCUCUUCUGCAUGAUUCUCAUUGUUAUCUUUGUGGCUAUGCUCGGGAUGUUGUCUCCAUCCAGUCGAGGAGCUCUGAUGACAACAGCCUGCUUCCUCUUCAUGUUUAUGGGUUUGUUUGGAGGAUACUUUGCUGGAAGACUUUACCGCACUCUUAAAGGCCACAAAUGGAAGAAAGGCGCUUUCUGUACUGCAACUCUGUACCCAGCUGUCGUCUUUAGCAUCUGUUUUGUUUUGAACUGUUUCAUCUGGGGAGAACACUCUUCUGGUGCUGUUCCUUUCACUACAAUGCUGGCUCUGUUGUGUAUGUGGUUUGGCAUUUCUAUGCCUCUCGUGUAUCUGGGCUACUAUUUCGGUUUCCGAAAGCAGCCGUAUGACAAUCCAGUUCGUACCAAUCAGAUUCCCCGCCAGGUCCCUGAGCAACGCUGGUACAUGAACAAGUUUGUUGGUAUCCUGAUGGCAGGAAUCCUGCCAUUUGGCGCCAUGUUUAUUGAGCUCUUCUUCAUCUUUAGUGCUAUCUGGGAAAACCAGUUUUAUUACCUGUUUGGCUUCCUCUUCCUUGUCUUCAUUAUUCUUGUGGUUUCCUGCUCUCAAAUCAGCAUUGUGAUGGUGUACUUCCAGCUUUGUGCAGAGGACUAUCGGUGGUGGUGGAGGACAUUUCUCGUGUCCGGAGGUUCUGCCUUUUAUGUCCUAGUCUACGCUGUUUUCUAUUUUGUCAACAAGCUGGACAUUGUGGAGUUCAUUCCCUCUCUGUUGUAUUUUGGCUACACAACCCUGAUGGUUUUGUCUUUCUGGCUGCUAACGGGAACGGUUGGCUUCUACGCCGCUUAUGUGUUCAUACGGAAAAUUUAUGCCGCGGUCAAAAUCGACUGAAAUAUUUCUUUCAGUUUUUGUUUCCUUUUUUUCUGUUUUGUAAAGCAAGCACUGACGCGUGUGAAUUGCUGGCGUGAGGUACAGCAGCGCCCCCCCCCUAUGGACUGGAGGAAUGAACGAGAUGUGUUUUGUACACCUUUCUCUCCUGCUAUCUCUGCCUCAGCAAAGAUGUAAAGAAACCACAUGAACAGUUCCAUUUUUAAUGUCUUGUAUAUCUUUUUGCACACACAACAUGGGCCAAAGUGUGUCGAUUGACUUUUUCUUUGUUUAGGUGGGGAUGUUGGAUUUUUGGGCUGGGUCUCAUGCUUUUGAAGACAUUGAGGGUUAUCAUUUUACAAAUUAACAUUUUGUAUCCUUUUAAUAUAACAUUUGAUUUCAACUUGUUCCUGUCUUUGAUUCAAAACGGAGUUCUUGAAUGCUUGUCUUGUUGAGGGUGUGUGUGUGUGGUCAUAUUUUGGCAUGGAAUGAAAUUAUGGGAUGUAAAGACAUAAGGCAAGGACAUUAAAAAAGUAGAUUUCCUUGUGCUUGCUGGUCAUUGGACCUAAAAGACUUUUAUAAUGAUGCAGUAUCGCAUUGUUUGUUUGUUAUUUGCCAUUAAGAAAAAGGUCUGGUUUUUCAACAUUACACAAAUUUGAUAUUCCACAUUAGAAAAGCCAUUUUUAUGUAAAAAUCUUUCUGCCGUGUAUUGACUUCACCUAUGAACUAUUGCUGUAGCCAAAAACAGAUGUAUGUUGGUGGAGUUACCCCAAAAUUCAAGGGUAUCAACACACGUGUGCAGUGCCCAGCAGGUAGUGGUAUAUUUGCUUACAUCCAUGGUACUUUAUAGAUAUUAAUUUAACAUGGUUAUCAUUUUUAGCUCUCUCAAAACACAAGAUACAAUAUUUGGAUCCCAAUUCUGACUCUUGUGCAGUGACGUGAUGCAGGAUUCAGUAGUUUAAAACAUGGUAGCAAAAUCUACUUCUGCGUUUGGAACGGUCUGGCUUCUUCAUCUGUCGUCCUCACAGGUGACCAUGAAUAAAUGCAAGAAAUACAGAAAAUAUUUGCUACAGAUGUACUUUAUUCUGCCUGUUGCAUUGGGUCUGUGUAUGUUUAUGGUGUAAAUACAGUGCUUUAUAUUGUUGCAUUUUAUUUUAUUUUUUUUUUUUUGUGGAGCUGUUUGUCCCAUUAUGUCUUUGUUUUAGGCAAAAGCAUGUUUUUUUUUUCUUUAUGAAUCCUUUACUUUCUCUUUUAAUAAUGUCCAUCUAUAAUGUAUAAAACAAUAAAG